GUCCGGAACUAUAUUACAGCGCGCAAUAAUAUCCGAUUGACCGAGGCAGGAAUAUAAAAUGUAGGCACCAAAACACAGGUGCUCGAAAAUGAUACCCUAUUAUCUCUUAGCCUGUUUGUUCCUCAUAAGUACUUUUACUGAUUUCUCAACGGGUUUAAAGUGUUAUUGUGAAGAGUGCACUGAUAGAAAUCAAACAUGUGAAACUACCGGAUUGUGCCUAACUCUUAGAGCCUACAGAAAAGAUGGAACCAUCAAAAUUCGUUACAGAUGUAUCGAGAAGGUGGAUCUGGGGCCCCUGGACGGGGAUGUUUUUGAGUGUUUAACCAGUAACCCUAUGGCCAGUAUAUCCAGUAAACUCUGCUGUAAUGAUGAAGAUUUCUGCAAUAGACACCUCUUUCCAACAUUUCCCCCUCCGACAACUCGUUUCCCAGAGAUCAGAGACUCUGUGGAGCAGCGUCUGACCUUUGGGACCCUGGAGUUGGUGGGGCUGAUCGCGGGGCCAGUGGUGCUGGUGUCAGUCUUCUUCGUGAUCUGUUUCCUGUCCUACAGGCAGUGUCAGCAGCAGGGCAUCUGUAUGGCUCCCAAGAGUGUGUCGGACGGGGAGACCCAGCCCUUCAUGCAGCCUGGGCAGACCACCGACACCCUGCGGGAGAUGAUCAUGGAAUACUCUGGAUCCGGAUCUGGACUCCCUUUGCUGGUCCAGAGAACGAUUGCCAGACAGAUUCAGCUGGUGGAGAUCAUUGGGAAGGGUCGCUAUGGAGAGGUGUGGCGUGGGAGGUGGCGGGCGGAGAACGUAGCCGUCAAAAUAUUCUCCUCCAGGGAGGAGCGAUCGUGGAUCCGAGAGGCGGAGAUUUAUCAGACGGUCAUGCUGCGUCAUGAGAAUAUUCUGGGAUUCAUAGCCGCAGACAACAAAGAUAAUGGCACCUGGACACAGCUCUGGUUAAUUACCGACUACCACGCCAAUGGAUCGCUGUUUGAUUACCUGAAUAGAACCGUGUUAUCAACCACACAGAUGAUAAGACUAGCUAUGUCAGCAGCCUGUGGGCUUGCCCACCUCCAUAUGGACAUAGUGGGCACUGAGAUUCAUGCUGGGAAACCAGCUAUCGCCCACAGAGAUUUAAAAAGUAAAAAUAUCCUGGUGAGAAAUGAUGGAGUUAGCUGCUGCAUCGCAGAUUUAGGUCUUGCAGUGCGACAUGACCCUGUGACAGAUGCAGUGGACAUUGCCCCCAAUAAUCGGGUCGGGACCAAGCGGUACAUGGCCCCUGAGGUAUUGAGUGAUACCAUCAGUAUGAAUCAGUUCGACUCCUUCAAGAGGGCGGACGUUUACUCGUUUGGACUGGUGCUAUGGGAGAUAACACGACGCUGUUCAGUGGGAGGUAUAGUGGAGGAUUACCAGCUGCCGUUCUAUGAUAUUGUGCCCUCUGACCCCAGUCUAGAGGACAUGAAGAAGGUCGUGUGUGAUGAUCGUCAGAGACCAGGAAUCCCCAACCGGUGGCAGACCAUUGAGAGUUUGAAGGUGAUGUCACGCCUGAUGAGGGAAUGUUGGUAUCAUAACCCUGCCGCCCGAUUGACCACUCUUCGCAUUAAAAAAUCUCUAGAUAAUUUGGCAAAGGCAGAAGACAUGAAAUUUUGAUUUAUUGUUAUCAAAAGGUGUUCUUAACAGUCAAAACUGAUGAACAUCCAUCCAUUUUUGUUCAGAAGUGUACAUGUGGAGCAUGUAUGGAUGACAUGGGCUUUCAGAGUUUUUUUAUUCGCAAGGAACUGUUGACAGGCAGGCAUUUGUGAUAUAUCAGUGUUUGGCAGUGCCUGUUGAGUGAGUGUGAGAAUUUGUACUCUCUAUGUACAUGUACAUGUAUCAGAAUAUUGUUUGAUACAAGACUUGCAAUAAGGCAAACACAUCUACAACUGGUUGUUAUUUUAUGGUAUCUUUUGUACUUGCCAUAGGUCUAAAAAAAAAAUGUAUACACCUCGUUGUUAUUUUAUUGUAUUUUUUGUACUUCUUUUAGCCAUAUAAGGGAAAUUUAUUCUUCCAGUUUUAUUUUAAAGAGCUUUUCAUGAGUUUAAAUGCAUCAAGUACUAGAAUGUAUUUCAAUGGCUGGUUUUUAAUUUCAAUAAGUUUGUUUUUUCAACAAUUUCAAAAAUUUAAUGAAGUUGCACUAGAUUACUUUAUCUACCUCACUAGAAAGAAAAAAAAAGAGAAAGGCAGAAAUGAAUUCUAAAUUUGAUGCUUAAGCAGAUGAAUAGCUUUAAUUAAGGACAGACACUAUCUUAUAUUAUUGUUUCUCUCUGUGAUGCAUGGACUGUCUGUCUGUCAGUUGGUGUGUCUAUCACUGACUUUUUAAUUGAUUGUUUAACUAUUGACAUUUUCCUUAAUUCUUUUGUGAAAGGUUCUGUAUUUUACUAUUUCCCUGAUCCUAAAUUUUACCUCAAAGGUCAACAUUUAUAAUAGGUCAUUUAAAAAUUGAGCUCUUUUACUGAUUAUUUUUUAACAUCACUUCAAACUGUCAUUGUGUAAAUAAUCAAAGAUGAUCUUCUAAAGUGGUAACAUGUUCUUCUCUGUAAGUCAGAUUUCUGGAAUGCUGUGGCUGUUGUAGAUUUGUACAGCAUAUUGGUGUCCUGUAAAAGUGAUGAUUAUGAACUUGUGUUGAGGGAUGAAUGUCGUGCCAUGAGUAUCAUACAUUGUACUUGUGUAUUGUUUAGAUAUGACAGCUUUAGUGUAACAUGUGUGCCUGUAUUGGAUUUGAAUAGUCCUUAUUUUUCUAUUGUUUAGUCACACUAAUACAUGUAGACUAUUUAUUACAGCAGUCACUCCAGUCUAUGUCUCGGCUUUUUUAAACAUAGUCUUCUGAAUCUUUUUUUUUUAAUUUUCAAGACAUAUCCAACACAAACAAAUUUGCAGCCAGAUUUGGUGUUUCUGUGAAACCAGUGUUAAAUACAUGUAUAUGAUUAUUACUUACACCAUAUAAAUAUACAAUGGAAUUACUUCUAAAAACAUUAUUGUAGUAGAUAAAAACAAAUGAAUUUUUGGAUCUUGACAUUUAAGUACAUGUAGUUCUCUUAGCACUGUCUAGAAACCAAAAACUCAGGAAUUACAAGUAUCUAGAGGUAGCAAACAUGUUGUACGGACUACUUAUAUAUAUAUACACCCACACACACACACUUACACUAGUUUAUGACAAAACAGAUACAUUCAUACACUAUUGUAUUACAAUUUAGGACAAUGUUUCAUGUCCCAUAAAUUUUAGCUGGCUUAAUAUUUUAUGAGAACAUACUCUUAAAGCAACAAAUUUUUACCACUUUUAUCACCCUAUUGCAUGCUUUUGCAUUAUAUAGCAGUUUGAAGGUUGACAGUAUAUAUACAUGUAUAUGAAUGCAUUUUCAUUUUUGAUGUUGAAUAUUUAAGAUCAUGAAAGAAUUUUAAGGAAAAAAAUGAUUUUUUUUGUUUGGUUUUGAAUCUACAUUUAUGUAGAGCAGUCCUUGGGCGUUGUUGGGUGUUUGAAAUAAUUCAUUGCACAUGUGGAUUAUGUAAACUGUCACAACCGUCUGGGAAAUUAAAUCUUUGAAAUUGA